AUGACCGCACUCGAAACGCGGCUCGGAAGCCUCGGCCUAGAUGCGCCGCUGCCGCAAAUCCCCGUGGUGGACGUCCUGAGAAAACCAUUAGAUAUCUACCGCGCACAUCUUGCAAGUUUACUAGCAGCUGCUGUCGGUUGUGAUGUGUCUGUUGCCUACGCCGCCAUAACGUCGAGCACAGACAUCACUUUGGGAGACUUGGCGGUCAUCCUCCCAAAGCUAAAACUUCCGGCCGCGGAUUUUCAGAGCUUGGCCUUUGAAGUUACUAAUGGUGUCCACUUGCGGAUUUUCUUUUCUCCGAAGACGCUCCCCCGCUUGCUUCUCCCUUAUAUCCACGAGAGGGGCCCGAUGUAUGGCGGUGAGACAUGUGAUGGUGUCGAAAGCGGCGUCCCCAAUUCACCGGGCGCCGUUGGUAGGCGGGUUAUUGUCGAAUUUUCCUCUCCGAAUAUUGGGACUGAGUUCACUGCCGAUCACUUACGAAGCACUCUUAUUGGCGAGUUCAUCGCGAGGACUCAUGAAGCGAUGGGCUGGAAUGUGACAAGGCUGAACUACAUCGGGGACUGGGGGAAGCAUAUCGGUCUAUUGGCAUCCGGAUGGCAACGGUUCGGCUCCGAGGACUCGCUCCAGGGAAGCGGUGCAUUAGGCAAUAUCCUCGACGUUUACGCCAAGGCGGUGGCACUAUUCAAGCCUGAACAAGAGCUUAGUAGGCAGGCAAAGAACGACGAAGCUGCCAAGGCCGAAAUCGAAAGCAAAGGUAUCUUCGCCGAGAGGGACGCAUUCUUCAAAAAGAUGGAAGGCGGAGAUGAAGAGGCUCUCGGGCUGUGGAAUCGCUGGCGCGAGGUCAGCAUCACCCAGUUCAAAGCUUCGUAUGACCGACUUGGCAUACGGUUUGAUGAGUAUUCGGGGGAGUCAACGGUGAAACCGGAGACAAUGGCCAGCGUAGAGGCUAUACUGAAAGAGAAGGGUGUGUGCGAGGAGAUUGGUGGGUCUUGGAUGAUCAACUUCGCUAAGCACGGUGACAAGGGAAAGGGGUUGGGAACGCAGCCACUUCGAGGACGGACUGGAUCGACAACGUACCUCCUAAGAGACAUCGCUGCCGCUCUCGAUCGUGAUCAGACAUAUUCUUUUGACGAAAUGAUAUAUGUCGUCAGUGCACGGCAGCAGCUACACUUCCAGCAAGUCUUGAUGGCACUGGAGCUUAUGGGCCGCGAAGAUCUUGCCGCAAGAAUCCGACAUGUUGGCUUCGGCGGAAUCCAGGGGAUGCAAACACUGUUGAAGGGGCCCCGCACUCUAGAUGCAAUAAUUCAGUGUGUGAAAGAGUUGGUGCUCGGGAGCUUGGAUGAUGGAACGGAAGACACGAAAAUGCCCGAGGAUGCCAAGGUCAUUGUUAGUCUUCUAGUCCAGGAGAUGUCCACUAGACGGACUCACAGCUACACAUUUGAUCCGAAGAGAGCAGCGUCCAUAGAAGGAGAUUUCGGGAAGAGGCUGCAGAACUAUUACGCAAAAAUAUCCUCCACCAUCACGGGUUUACAAACCAGUGCAGCCACGAAUAUGGAAGCGGACUAUUCGCUCUUGGAGGACGAUAUUUAUGCAGAUAUUCUCCGAGUCAUGGCUCAAUACCCCGAUGUUGUCUCCGCUACCUUCAGAUCGUUGGAGCCACAUGGGAUGCUGGCAUAUCUAACCCGGCUUCUCGAUGCCCUCUCUGUUGCGCUGGAUGAAGGCGAGGAUGCAGAGGCGGGAGGGUCAAGCUCUAUGACAAGACAAGCUGGGGAAGGCCCAGAGGCUCGGCGGGCUCAGUUCGAACUUUACGAAUGUGCAAAACAAGUUUUGGAGAAUGGGAUGCGACUACUCGGAUUUCCGAUCCCGGGCGCUUGA